UUGUGUACCUGUGAGCAUGCUCUCGUUGACGAUGCAGGUGCCAGUGAGCAGCAUGGCAUCGCAGGGUAUGACACAGCCAUCGGGAGGCAGCACCAGCACGUCACCGGGCAAGAGGCGUGCCGCCGCCGUCAUGCACUCCUCGCGCCCCGCGCGCGUGGUCAUACUGGUGUACCUGUGAGCAUGAUCUCGUUGACGAUGCAGGUGCCAGUGAGCAGCAUGGCAUCGCAGGGUAUGACACAGCCGUCGGGAGGCAGCACCAACACGUCACGGGGCAAGAGGCGUGCCGCCGCCGUCAUGCACUCCUCGCGCCCCGCGCGCGUGGUAAUACUGGUGUACCUGUGA